GCCAGCUUGCAUCUCUUAGUUAUACACAAGACUCCAACUUCUUCUCACCUCAAAAACAAUCUCAUAAUAUCUCAAAUUCAAAUGCCUUAUGAAACAGGAGACCCUCCAACCAUAUAUCCAAAAAAACACUAGUCAACCAUGGCUAGCUUCACUCAUAAUCCCAUGUUUCAAUACCCAUAUCUCUUCCUCACUCUCUACUUCAUUAUCAUCAUCAAUCACUUGAAUGUCUCUGCUUUCUCUUCUCCUCCUACCAAUCUUUCCACUCACAGAGUCUGUCUCUCUCCAAAGUGCACCUCCCUCAAUGAUCUCUCUAAUGGCAUCACAACUAGAAAGAAGAACAGUGUUAGGAGACUGGAAAAGGGUUUGGCGAGGGCUCGAGCGGCGAUACAGAAAGCGGUUCGAUCACGGAGCUUUAUGUCGUAUGAUACGGUGGAGAGUUUCAUCCCCAGGGGAUCCAUUUACAGAAACCCUUAUGCCUUUCAUCAAAGCCACAUUGAGAUGGAGAAGAGAUUCAAAGUGUGGACGUACAAAGAAGGAGAGCCACCACUCUUCCACGACGGUCCAAUGGCCGACAUCUACUCGAUAGAGGGACAGUUCAUGGCGGAGAUGGGCAGCGGGAAGAGCCGGUUUCAGGCGGCCAACGAGGACGCCGCCGUGGCAUACUUCAUACCGGUGAGCGUACUUAAUAUAGUGAAAUACGUGUACAGACCCUACACAAAUUUCUCAAGGGUUAGGCUGCAGAACGUUGUGAAAGACUACGUUGGCAUCGUUUCCCACAGGUACCCUUACUGGAACCGAAGCAAUGGUGCCGAUCAUUUCUUUGUUGCCUGCCAUGACUGGGCACCAGAUGUUUCAACAGCCAACCCUACCCUAUACAAAAACUUCAUCCGAGUCCUCUGCAAUGCCAACGCAUCCGAAGGUUUCCAACCCAUCAGAGACGUUUCUCUACCUGAAAUCAAAAUCGACUACGGAGUACUAGGGCCGCCCCGUCUUGGCCAACCCCGAGAGCACCGUCCGAUCCUCGCCUUCUUCGCUGGUGGCGAACACGGGUACGUACGAAAAGUCCUACUAAAAUACUGGAAAGACCAAGACACUGAUAUUCAAGUCCACAGUUACCUCCCUGAAACCCUAAACUACUUUGACCUAAUGGGUCAAUCCAAGUUUUGCUUGUGCCCUAGUGGGAAUGAAGUGGCAAGCCCUAGAAUUGUUGAGUCCAUUUACACAGGGUGUGUACCGGUGAUCAUCUCGGAUGGCUAUGUGUUGCCUUUUAGUGAUGUUCUUGAUUGGAACAAGUUUUCGGUUCAUGUUCCAGUGUCAAGGAUACUGGAAAUGAAGAAAAUUUUGCAGGGAAUUUCCAUGGAAGAGUAUUUGAUGAAGCAGAAGAUGGUUAUGGAGGUGCAACAACAUUUUAUCAUUAAUCGGCCGAGUAAACCUUUUGAUUUAUUAGAUAUGGUGCUUCAUUCUAUCUGGCUUAGGAGGCUUAAUUUUAGGCUGCCAUUGUGAUAAUUGUUCAAGAUCUUGUACAAUAUGCUUCAUAUAAUAUAGAGUUAAUUAUUAAAAACUCUUAUUUAUAAAUGUUAUGGUAGUUCAAAUCUUAUUUAAGUUUU